GUUGAAGUCGUAGCAGACCGACCUAUUUCCUGCUUCAAAACCUUGGUCCUUGCGACUGCCGCUCGCUCCCUCGCUCGGCCAUCCACUACCGGAUCCACCGGAACAGACCAGAAUCCUCCGAAUCAGCUGAUCGAGACAGCAGAUACCAGACGUUGGAGCCUCUACCAAAUACAUAGCCAGCAUGAAGCUCGUCAGGUGAGUCCAAGAUGUGGACAGGAGCAUUUUGAGGAAAGCGAGAAUUGUUUGGCAGUACUUGCUGGGAGUGCAGAGCUUGACGGGGAGCGGAUGUGGCUAGGGAAGGAACGCAGAUCAAUUACGAAUGGGUGAUGCUGAUAUUCAUAACCCUACUCAUGAACUUACUCAUCGAUUCCAGAUUUUUGAUGAAGCUCAACAAUGAGAGCGUGACAAUUGAGCUCAAGAAUGGAUCCAUCGUGCAUGGCACAGUGACAGGCGUCGACCAACAAAUGAACACCCACCUCAAGACGGUCAAGCUGACCAUGCGCAACCGCGAGCCCGUCUCCCUCGACACCCUUUCCAUCCGGGGCAACAAUGUCCGCUACUGGAUCCUACCGGAUUCGUUGCCAUUGGAUAUGCUAUUGGUGGAUGACGCGCCCAAGGUCAAGGGAAAGAGGAAGCCUAGGGAGGAGAAGGCCAGAGGUGGGAGGGGUGGAGGGAUGCGUGGGAGGGGAGGCCCGCGGGGACGCGGUAGAGGGAGGGGAUUCUAGAGUGAUGACGUGGAGAUGGUGCGAAGAGGA